AUGGUCCGUCCUCUCGGCUCCAGUGAAGAACACCUAACCACUUUCGCGUCAUUCAUCUGCAACCUUGCAAAGGUCCCCGACGAGGAUCGCCCAACGAUCUUCGCGGAGGCAGCUCCAAUACACGAGAUUCUUGAGAAUCUUUCCCAUAUCCCGCCUCUGCCGCAGUGUAACAUCGUCUCGAAACCUCAAGUCGACAUGAAUCGAAUGAUCGAGACUCCGUACAUCCGCAAAGUCAUCGCUGGUGAUCUCCGCACAGCCCUCAACGAAUUCUAUGCUUCCGGGGGAGCCGUAAUGAAAGUCGUCCAAAUUCUCUAUCAAGAACACAACUCACGUUACAACCGCCUCUGCCCGCUUGUUACUCAAGACGAAGACCCAGGUCAUCAUGCCCGCUACGUCAACCACUGCGAGUCAAUUGAACAACUCCGCGCCUGGACGCCCCGUUUCCCGCCGGGGGAGGAAUACCUUACUAUCCCCAACCAAAAGCUUCCAAAAGGGCUUAUGGCGAUACAUAUCGACAUGCACGCUUACGAGGAAUGGGCAAGCAAGUACAACGACACCAUGAACCAACUGCUCAACGGCCCUUGGGUGGCUUAUCAGGACGCAAAGGUAAACUUUGAAAAAGCGUUGAAUGACGCUGCCGCGAACGGGACUCUUCCCACUGCUCGUGCGGUGGGCCGGGUCCGGACGCACUGGCAGGGUUACCUAGAAGAGAUGCACAAGUGGGAGAAGGAGAUACCUAGGCUAGGCCUUUCGUCUUUCGUGACUACUGUUAUUCAAGUCUUCGUGGCGUUGAUCGAGCGUGCUGAGGAUGGAUGGGUGCUAAGUGCACGGUUUCUGGCGUCCGCACCUAGGGAGCUACGGGUUUACUGGUGGAGGAGGCUAUUAGCUGGGAGAGGGGUGGUGAACGUCGCUGCGAUGAAAGACAUACUACCGGCUAAUUGCCGAGAAGAGUCUUUUUUGGGGGGUUGA